AUUUACUCAAAAUCAACUCUGCAGAUCUCAGAUCUCAAAAUGUAAACAAAACAGUAACGCUAUAGAUUAGCAAAAAACCAUAAUAAAAAUAAUAUAACUCGUACAUUUGGUUGCAUGUAAACAAAAGUAACAUUCAAAACAUACAAAAUGAUUUCCGCCUUGAGUUAUAGAAAAUAUAUAACGCCUUCGCAAAUAAAAUUAAUAUCAUUAGUGAAAAGGUGUUACGGCAAUGAGCUUGAAAAGAAAUAUUCGGAAACUCAAAAGGAGAAAAUUUUGCAGGUUAUAAAUGAAGACACCGCUUCCUUGUCGAGUUAUGAAGUGAGUAAACCCAGAGCGAAAAAGAUUACAGAAUGGAUUGGAAAGAAUGGUCAAAUGAAAACAAUAUCUGAUAUAGAAAAUGUCAAUAGUUUUACAGAGAAAAUAGCGACGAAGUUGUGUGAUAGUAUUCUUGAUGGUCCAAAGUUAGCAAACAAUAAUUUAAGUAAAAAAAUCAAGGGACAAGUAUUGCAACCAUCUUUAAGUGAGAGUAUGCGACAGUCUUGUAAAACUGUGUUAGCUGUAUCAAUAACUGUGAAUUCAGUUUGUUGGACAUUAAUCAAUAAGGAAAAUUAUGAAGUAACAGAAUGGAAGUAUUAUAAUAUUGAUUAUCCAAAUAGUAAGAAGAUGCAAAUUACUGAUAUACUGGAUAUUGCAUGGGAUAUUACAAAGAAUCUUCCAAUCGCUGACAUAUAUGUAAUGAAAGCUGAGGCGACCACAUUGAGGGCGUCUGGAAGUGACCCUAAUAACCCUAAAGUUUUAGGAGUCAAUUUACAGAAAGCACAACUUGUAGCGAUGAUCAUAGCCCUUAUAAAUUGUAGGAGUAAUGACGUUUGUUUAAAUGGCAGUGAUGACAGUGAAAAGGUACCUAAAGUUUUCACUCAAAAAGUAUAUUUCUUAAGACCUACUCUUCCAUACAGAUUAUACGGCAAUUUAAUUGGGAAUGAACACGUUUCAACUGAUCAAACAGUUGAAAAUUUAUUACAAGAAGCGAGUGAAAAUAAAUCAAGUUCUCACGUCAAUGUACCUGAAAGAUUAGUCACAAUGUUCAGAAAUCAAAAAGAUCUAAAAAAAGAUAUGUUGGGCCAAUGUUUGUUGUUGGCUCUCACAUUCAUGGAUGUUUGUGUAUAUUUGAAUAAAGACAGUAUAAAUAAAUUGUUGAAGCGUGGUGAAUAAUUUAAUUAUUA